AUGUUCUCCUUAACUGGCAAGUCUGUCACUGAGACGACCAAAGCCGUACCUGAAAAUGAUUCUGCAGACCCAGAGGCGCCCAAGGCUCGCCCUGCUUCAUCAUGUACCGAAAUCCUCCUGAUGAGCAACCGUCAAGAAGCAUCAGAGCAGUUUGCCAAGGCUGCAAAGGCCGAAAAGGCCUAUCGUACCAAGAAGAAAGCAACUCUCGCCCGAGCCAACUACAAUGAAACAAAAACACAUUUCAAGGAGGCAUUCUCACACUUCAAGCUGGCAUUCAAGGGAUUGUUCUCUGUGUUCAAGAGCAUGGGCUAUCUGAUGAGUGAAAAGCGCGAGCUGAGACGACAAGCCAUGGAGAAGAAGAAACGCGAGAAGAAUGUACAGCGAAAGAAGAAACUGGAGGAGAAAUUGGCAAAAGAGGAGGCAGCAACAAGGGGGGAGACAGAAACGAAUGAGGAUGGCAAAGACGAGGAAGAUAACACAGUGGACUAG